AUGAUUUCCAUCUACCCCAAGAAUCGUGAGCCGUCGUUGAAUUCUUUAUUCGUCAGGCAGACGCUGUGCCGACAUUCGCGUUUUACAAGAGAAAUAAUAUUUGAUCAUAAUUAUCUGAUAAUAGUGAAGAGAUGUAAAAAUAAACAGAAACAUGUAAAGGCUGUAAAAUCAAGGGUAAACUUGCAACAAUUUGCAAUCUUCUCUUGGCUGUGCGUAGAAAAAAUGUCCGCGGGAGAGCCACGGGUGCAGCUGGACGAGGUGCUCGGCCAGCUGGGUGCCUUCGGGAGGCACCAGCUCAUAACCAUGUGUAUGCUGGCACUGGUAUACGCCACCAACUCAAUUUACAAUGUCAAUUACGUUUUUGCAGUCGAGGAUGUUAGUUAUAGAUGCGUGGUACCCGAGUGCGAGCCCUCCCGUCCGCCGUUCCCAGCGCCCUGGGUCAAUUUGUCAUCCAGCGAGAACGGCAUCAAGCAAUGUCGCCGACACCCGCCCCUUACGCCCCUGUGCGAAGGCCUCAACACGAGUGCGGAAUACGAGUGCGCGGAGUGGGUGUACGAUGUGCCGCAUAGCUUCGUUGCAGAGUUUGGGCUUGCCUGCGAGGAUUGGAAACCCCCACUAGUGGGCACCGUGCACAUGUUUGGAAAUAUGGUGGGACUACUUCUGCAAGGUCAGAUAUCGGAUAGAUUCGGACGUAAAACCGCAGCGGUGUUCGCUGGCACCAUGGGGGCAAUCCUGGGACUGACCAAGAGUUUCGCCAACACUUUCUGGAUGUACAUUAUUAUAGAAGGCCUGGAAGCUGCCAUCGGAGAUGCUUUGUCACCAAUGUUCAUGUUAAGUAUCGAAAUAGUGGAAAAGAAGCGGGCGGUAUUCUUUCAAAUGAUUUUGCUGAACUGCUACACGGGCGGCUUGAUCAUAAUGCCCUUCAUAGCUUGGGCGGUGCCUUACUGGCGUCACUUCCUCAGGGUCAUAUACGCCCCAACUCUGAUCAUCCUCACCUAUUCGUUCUUCUUGGAUGAGAGCAUACGAUGGCUCCAUAGCAAAGGACAGACGGAAAGGGCGAUAAAGAUAAUAGAAAAAAUCGCUAACCGGAACAAUGUUCAAGUAGACAAGAUGCUGCUGAAUAAAUUAGAUUAUAUAAAUGAAGAUUCUUCACCUAACAUUAACGAUAGAAAGCUGCUGUUAAAGACUUUUAGAUCGAAAAUCAUGAUGCAAAGAUUCCUCGUGUGCCUGGUUUGGUGGUUCACCAUAACGCUCAUCAACUACGGAAUGAUGAUCAGCUCUGUUUUGAUAGACGGAAAUAAAUACGUCAACUUUGCGCUGCUCAUGCUGAUGGAUAUACCGGCAAACGUCUUCUACUGGCUUGCGCUCUCCAAGUACAGGAGAAAACUGCCCUUGCUGGCCUCGUUUACAAUUGGAGGCUUGUUUUGUAUAUCGCAGCCGUUUGUUCCUAAGGGAUACGCGUGGGCGGGGCUCGCGCUCUUCAUGAUGUUCGAAAUGCUGGCGACCUUCUCUUACAACAUCGUGUACAUGUAUACGUCGGAGCUGUUCCCCACGUACACGCGCAACUCCAUGCACGCCAUCUGCUCCGCCGUGGGCCGCGUGGGCUCGCUGCUAGCGCCUCAGACGCCGCUUCUGAUGGCCUACUGGUCGGGACUACCAGCUGUCAUUUUCGGGAUGACAUCGCUGGCGUCAGGGGCUCUAACCUUGCUUAUGCCGGAGACUGCGAGUUGCCAACUACCUGACACCGUGCGAGAGGCAGAAACUAUCGGACAAAAAGUGCUACUAAAGCCCGAAGAACAUGAGCUUAAAGGAAUGCAGGUCCUCGAGAUCUAUCCCCGACCACGUGCAGGCCAACGCAAUCCGACGACCGAAGGGCAGCGCCCAACGCAAUAUAAUAGAAGAGACCGCACAUCAAUCCGUGAGGAGCGGCGUGGAAGGCAAAUAAAAAAGUGGUCGCGUCUCGUGGUCGUAGCUCCAGAGCCUCUCAAGACUCAUUACCCUCCCAUUGUUCACGCGGCGGCCGUUCACAGGCUGGUCUACCGGAUAGAAGCAAAUGGCAGGUGGUGUUCCGUCACCGGCCUCGCAACCAACAACUGGCAACUAGCAAUCGGGGAAGCAAAGAGCAUCGAUUCGUCAAGGCGCGCAUUUCGGUGCUGCCCCGCCAUUAACGAGAGUUACGAUCCGCUACGGUCCAUA